CAGCGAUUGCCAGGACGCGCCGCACGUCAGGAUGCAGGGCUUCAAUAUGGGCAGGUAUGUGCCGCCGCACUUAGAAGGUACCGCGAGCGGCAAUCAACUUCAUAAGAAGCGCGCGCCAGGCAUGCUCAAGAAUGGUGCCCAGACUGUCCGAUUCGAAAUGCCCUUUGCUGUUUGGUGCCAUACCUGCAAACCUCACGGGAUCAUUGGUCAAGGUGUUCGAUUCAAUGCUGAGAAACGGAAGGUGGGAAUGUACUACAGCACGCCGAUCUGGAGUUUCGUCAUGCGUCACCCAGCAUGUAACGGCACGAUCGAAAUCAGGACAGACCCAAAGAAUACCGCCUAUGUGGUGACGGAAGGAGGGAAGGCCAGAGACUAUGGAGACCCCACCGAUCGUGUGCGCGAAGGCGAAGGUGAUGUCCCUAUAUUGACAGCAGAGGAACGCGAGCAAAGACGCGAGGACGCUUUUGCACAACUGGAAGGCAAGGUUGAGGAAAAGCAACAGACGCAAGAUACUGCGAAACGUAUUCAAGAGCUUUAUAAAAUUGGCGAGCGUGACUGGGAAGACACUUGGAAUGCGAACAAGAGGAUGCGCGAGAGCUUUCGUCGUGAUAGAAAAGCGCUCAAACGCAGAGAGCUAGCAGAUCAGCAGAUCAAGGACCGUAUUGGUACAGACAUCGAAUUGCUUCCAGAGACAGAGGAAGAUGGUAUUCGUGCGAAGCUGGUCUCAUAUGGCGAAGACAUUGGCAAGUCGCAGACCGACGUCGCAAGUACAAAGCCUGUGUUCCGUCUCCCGGAUAAGAAACCAGCGAAGCAGACCAAAUCGACAUCCAAGGAUACACUAAGGGCUCGGCUGCUAGCAAAUACUAGGGCGAAGACCAAUCCAUUUGGCUGAGUCGGGCGGGAGUGCUUCGACAAGGUCAGUGCUGUACCAUUCGGACAGUAUGUUGGACCAUCAAUCAUUCUUAAGCGACUCCAUUAUGCGUAAUGUGAAGAAGCUUUGACUCACCUCGAGAGGACUGCGGUUGAACGCCAUGCUGCUGUCGCAUUCGUAUUCCAGAAGUUGACUCUGCAAAAUGUGAAGACUUCAGGUUAUCGAUGAAGCACCUGCUGGCAUGAUCGUCUGGAGGCCUUGAGCUCUACGUACACUCCAUCAACUGCAUGCUUUGUUACAUGCCUGCGAUCGUCCCAGUCCUGGAUCGGCUUUCUCUCUUUGAAUUGCUUGUGAUCACCUGGAGCCCACAAACACUCACAAUCCGAAUCGGGUCCUUGACAACUUUCGACGACUUUCUCGACAGGUUGUCUAUGCUUUGCGUCCAGCGCAAAUACGUCGUUGCCCUUCUAUGCUGGGAACUAGUUCGAUUUGCCGAAAGGGCUGCUUUGUGACACCAGAGCUCUUUUAGCUCCAGCCCAGGCACUGCAGACAGAAUCGCCAUCAUGGCCUCUCGCAAACCGCCUGCGGCCACGAUCUUGAGACCAGAUCCGAGUGAUGAUGAAACGUGAACCCGGGCAAUGGUAGGUGCCGGAAGGUCUCGUAUCGCUUGAUAUGCCGU